AUGGAUGUCGACGGACGAGCGAUUGAAAGAAUCAUGAAUCUAGAUUCUUUGCAGCACGAUGAACCUCCGGAAACAGUUGAGCCAGGCUUACCAGGAUCCUUAAGAAAUCCAAACACACCAGGAAUGGGUCGUUCGUCCUCGGUCACUAUAAGCUCGAGUCCUCCUCGCGAAGAACAGCCGCUAUUCUCAUCGGAUGUUUUCCAAGACAACGACUCACCGCUUUCCUCCCCACCAUCCUCUCCACCAAAGCCAGCGCCUUCACCUCUUCCCACAAACCGCAAACCAGCCUUCUCUUUACUGAAGCGUAAGAGGCUGGAGUCAAGUACUAAAUUAGUCAAGCAACCCUUAGCAGAAAUCGACCCAAAUGUAGGAAAACCUCCAGCAAAAAAACCUCAAAAGAUUGGAAACCAAUCACAUAUUGACUUGGGUGGAGAAUCAAGGAAACAAUGUAGAGCUUGUGGAAUGGAAUAUGUCCCUAGCGUUACAGAAGAUCUAGCAUUGCAUAAGAAAUAUUGUGGUAUGAAUGCAAGCGGUAUUGAGCUAGGCAAGGCGUUCUUAAAAGACGUAACAGGGAAGCGGGUAAUAUCGGAGAAGGCAUCCAGGCACGAGAAGGAGAGCGUGUACUGCAUUGAACGAAAGAGUUCACUGGCUCUCAGAAACAAGGUGAAGCGUGUGCUUGAGGUUGUGAAUGCCGAGCUAUCGGCAGCCGAAAUAGACGACGGAACCUUGUGGCAGCCACUGAAGCAAGCACCGGCAGAGAAUGUCACUCUCAGACGACGAAGAAAAUCUCAACAAAGUGACCAUAGAGCUGAUCGUUUUAAAGCUUUUUUGUAUCUCAUUGACGACCGAUGUGUGGGAUUCUGCCUUGCCGAGGAAAUCAACCAAGCUCUGCCGGUCAUCAUGCCUGACAAGCGGAUUUUCAAGGACAGCGCUAUAUCAUCGUCCUUAGAGAUCUCGUCGAUAUCGACCUCCAAGCACGCAAAGCUUGCUCUGCUAGGAGUGUCGAGGAUCUGGGUGUCAAAAGCUUUUCGAGAGCGAGGCAUUGGCUUCGAUUUACUCAAAUGUACUCAAGGAAAUUUCUUCCAGGGUAUCCAGGUUCCGAAAAAUCUGAUGGCUUUCAGCCAACCGACCGAAAGCGGCAGUCGUCUAGCAGAAAGAUGGUUUGAAGGAAAGACAGGCUGGCUUGUGUACACAGAAGGGAGAUGA